GUUUUGGCCCGGCCCAGCCCAGCCCAACAUCAUACAAUGAUAACCCGACAAGUGUUAAUAAAAUAGCUUUAUCUCAGCACUUGUAUUACAAUCACUUUCUUCUCUCUCCCCACUAAUUUUCCCCCUUCUCACUCUCUCACCAAACCCUAACCCUAAUUUCGAUUCCAAUCACCGCCAUGGCCAAGAAACGAAAGCUUCGAUCCUCAGACCCCGAACCAACCAAACAAGUCGAACCGGAACCACAACAACAAGAAGUUGAAGAAGAGCAACAACAACCCGACGAAGAACCAGCCCAAAACAUGGCCGUCGAUGAACAAAUCACUCCUAUACAAGAAGGAGAAGAACAACAACAAGGCGAAGGCGAAGAGCAAGAACAAGAAGAAGUAGAAGAAGAAGAGGAGGAGGAAGAGGAUGAACAACAAGAGGACGAAACCCAGCAAGAUUCCGCCGCCGAAGUUCCGAAUAACGCCGCCGAUUCGGAGCAGGCCGAAACUACAACGGUGGAAGCUAACGGCGCCGGGGAAACAAACAAUAACGACGAAGAAGAGGAAGAUCUUGAUUUGGAAGAAGAACCUGUUGAGAAGCUUCUAGAGCCUUUCACAAAAGAGCAAUUACACGCUCUUGUGAAACAAGCGAUUGAGAAGCAUCCAGAUCUAACGGAGAAUGUUCGUCAGCUGGCUGAUGUGGACCCCGCUCACCGGAAAAUUUUUGUUCAUGGCCUUGGAUGGGAUGCUACCGCCGAAACCCUAACUAGCGUGUUUUCGAAGUAUGGUGAAAUCGAAGAUUGUAAGGCGGUAACUGAUAAGGUUUCUGGAAAAUCAAAGGGUUAUGCCUUUAUUUUGUUUAAGCAUAGGACCGGUUGUCGCAGGGCGUUGAAGCAGCCGCAGAAGCAGAUUGGUAACAGGACAACGUCUUGUCAGUUGGCUUCUGCUGGACCCGUGCCAGCUCCUCCACCGAACGGCCCACCUGUGUCGGAGUACACUCAAAGGAAGAUUUUUGUAAGCAAUGUGAGUUCUGAUAUUGAUCCUCAGAAGCUGCUUGAGUUUUUCAAGCAGUUUGGUGAGGUCGAUGAUGGUCCUUUGGGUCUUGAUAAGGCGACUGGGAGGCCGAAGGGUUUUGCUCUUUUUGUUUACAAGUCUGUUGAGAGUGCUAAGAAAGCUUUGGAAGAGCCUAACAAGACUUUUGAAGGUCAUACUUUGUAUUGUCAGAAGGCUGUUGAUGGUCCUAAGGGAUACAAGGGUCAUUAUCAGCAGCCUCAACAACAUCACCAGUCACAUCAUUCCCACCAUCACCAUCAGCCUCACUACAAUCCGAGGAAAGAAAAGAAGUAUUCUCAUGGUGGUGGCGGGCCAUCACAUGGUGGUCACUUGAUGGCACCUGCCGGCCCUGCUGCUGGGGGUUACAACAAUGCGGGAGUUCAGCCUCAGGGGCCAUUGAAUCCGGUACUUGGACAGGCGUUAUCAGCGUUGCUAGCUAACCAAGGUGCUGGUUUGGGGCUUGGGAAUUUGCUUGGAGGUCUUGGUGGUGCACCGGUGAAUCAAGCUGGACCACCUCCUGCUUAUGGUAAUCAGGCUGCUAUGGGAUAUGGUCAGCCGGGGUUGCAGCCACAAUACCAGAACCCUCAGUUGGGGCAGACUGGUGGUGUUAGGCCUCAUCCUGGUCCUGGUGGCGCUCCUUACAUGAAUCACUAGAUACUCUCAUAGAUGCAUCAAACAUUUAGUUUUGGACUGCUGAUUCUUCUGAAGUACCAGGCCUUAUUCAAAUGCAUCUUUUAAAUUUGUAAUUUUAAUGACUAUUUGGUUACUAAAGAACCGGAUUCUGAAACCUGUAUUUUCUUUCUAUCGUAGAAGAUUUUCCUCCAACUUUUUUUAAAAUCAUGUAGUACCUCUUUUUCCUUUGUGGAAUUUGAGGAAUGUGUUGAAUUUUGGGGCAGCUAAAACUUUGUUACAAUAACUUAUAUGCUUGCUGUAGACCUUACAUUUUCUGGAUUUCUAAUUCUGUUUUAUCAUUGUUGUUUAUCUUCGGAAAACAUGACUUUGAAAAGUUUCAGUUAUGAA